AUGGCGGCAAACUAUUGGACCUCGACGCAACGAACAUUUUGGACAUUCACCCCGGAAAAGUUGGCGCAAAUUCGGGACGACUUGGAGAAGGCCAACGCCAAAGUCUUUGAACAGUACCCAUAUCCGGAUCGGAGACAUGUUUUUAUAUUCAUCCGCGAUAGGCUGCUCCAACUGGCCAAACGGCUGCAGUUUCGACAGCAAUGUGUCGCAACAGCUUUGGUCUACCUGCAGCGCUACUUCUUGUCUACGCCGAUGCAGAACGUGAACUUAUAUUUACUGGUGGCGACGGCAUUCUACCUCUCAUCCAAAACAGAGGAGUCACCGCACCAUAUACGGCUGGUCGCCGCUGAAGCCCGGCAAUCAUGGCCCGAGUUCGUGCCCGGAGACGUUUCCAGGCUCGGCGAGAUGGAGUUUUGUCUUAUUAGCGACAUGCGUUCUCAGCUGAUCGUCUGGCACCCGUACCGGUCACUGAUCGCACUCAAAGAGAAUCAGGGCCUAAAACUCAGCAACGACGAGCUCGGACUGGCAUGGUCUAUCAUCAACGACAGCUUCAUGACCGACUUACCUCUGACCUGCCCUCCACACCUCACUGCCGUGAUUGCGAUGUUCCUUGCCGUUGUCUUCCUACCCACCGCAAGGGCGACCGGAACGCUCCGCCCAUUACCCCACGACACACUAGCCAACCCCGACUCAGCACCAUUCUCCUCCCUCGGCGGCCGCCAGAGCAUGUCCGCAUCGUUCAAUAACGUCCUCGGAAGCCUGCAACUAUCUGGCGGCCAACAACCCGGACGAGCAUCCCAAUCUCAAAACAACCCCAGUAACGUCAACGGCAAAGCGCCCGCCCGCAUACCCCAACAAUCACAAGACGCCUCUUCCAACGGCGGCACCGGCACCGCAACACAAAGCGAUAAAGAGCAAGCUAUCGCGCGCAUCAAGGAGUCCGAGAAGAUGCAGAGCCUGAUCAAGUUCCUGGUCGAGUCCGGCGUCGACAUCCAGCGCGUCAUUGAGGGCACACAGGAGAUGAUCAGCUUAUAUGAUACCUGGGAGCAGUAUAGCGAGAAGGCUGUCAAGGAGGUCUUGGCUCGGUGUCUUAAGUCCAGAGGCUUGGAUACUUGA